CCUCGGACCAGCCCAGGCGCCCGGGGCAGAGUCCCGGCCACGCCAUGCCCCGAGCUGGGCUCUGCAGCUGCUGGGGUGGCCGCGUGCUGCCCCUGCUGCUGGCCUAUGUCUGCUACCUGCUGCUCGGUGCCAGCGUCUUCCAGCUCCUGGAGAAGCAGGCGGAGGCACAGUCCAGGGACCAGUUCCAGCUGGAGAAACUUCGCUUCCUGGAGAACUACACCUGCCUGGACCAGUGGGCCCUGGAGCAGUUUGUGCAGGUCAUCCUGGAAGCCUGGGUGAAGGGUGUGAACCCCAAAGGCAACUCCACCAACCCCAGCAACUGGGACUUCGGCAGCAGUUUCUUCUUUGCAGGCACGGUCGUCACCACCAUAGGAUACGGGAACCUGGCACCCAGCACAGAGGCAGGCCAAGUCUUCUGCGUCUUCUAUGCCCUGGUGGGCAUCCCACUCAACGUAGUCUUCCUCAACCACCUGGGCACCGGGCUACGUGCCCACCUGGUCACCCUUGAGAGAUGGGAAGACCAGCCCAGGCGCUCCCAGCUACUGCAGACCCUGGGCCUGGCUCUGUUCAUGGCCCUGGGGACGCUGGUGGUUCUCAUCUUUCCCCCUAUGGCCUUCAGCCAUGUGGAGGGCUGGAGCUUCAGCGAGGGCUUCUACUUUGCCUUCAUCACUCUCAGCACCAUCGGCUUUGGGGACUACGUUGUAGGCACAGACCCCAGCAAGCAUUAUCUGUCGGUGUACCGGAGCCUGGCGGCCAUCUGGAUCCUCCUGGGCCUGGCGUGGCUCGCACUGGUCCUCCCGCUGGGCCCCCUGCUUCUGCGCAGGUGCUCCCAGCUCUGGCUGCUCAGCAGGAGUCUUGGCCUCAAGGAAGGAGGCGUCUCUGAGACCGAUGGGCUCCCCAGACCUGCCAAGAUUCCCAUCUCUGCAUGAGAUCCCCCUGGGAGCCCC